AAAAAACAUAAUUAUUGAUAAGAAAGCAGCUAAAUAACUUUUUUUUUUACUAAAAGAAAAACAUGAGUCUUUUAAAUUUAGAUUUAUUUUCAUCAGAGUUCUCUUUUAAUUUGUUGAAUUAAAAUAUUAGAAAGGGCACGAUAUCUGGAGUCAUAUUAUCUUUUUUUGUUAUUUUUUUCUCAUUUGGAUAUCUAUCAAUGCUUGUUUAUUAGUAUGUUAAUAAUCAGAUAGCUCCUAAUUAUAGAUCGCAAAACUUUAUCACUGAAGAAAGCAUUGACAUUAAUUUAAGCUAGGACUUAGUGGGAUUUAGAUACGAAUAUGAAAUGAAUAAAGAUAUUCAGAUUUUAGAAGCCCAAUAAAAUAAGACAUAUCUAGUUUUUAUGGCAUAUUUUUAUUACAUUAAUGAACACAUAUUUAAAACUGUUUAACUAGAUGUAAUUAAAUGCACAAGUCCUUAACUACUAGGCUACUACUGCCUAGAUUUUUCUAAAGUUUAGAAUUAUACAUUAAGCACGAACACAAAAGAUAAUAUCUUUUCAAAUAUACAAAUUUACACUUAUGGUUGCUUAGAUUUGGACUUUAAUAAAAAAUUCAUUCCAAAUAAUUGCGCUAGCUAGGAUGAAAUUGAUAAUAUUAUAGACGGAGGUAAUGCAAGCUUUCGAUUAAAAUUAUUCACUUCGUAAUAUAAUACUACAUCUAAAGAAGCUUAAGUGAAUUACAGGAACAUGUUUUUAAUUUACACAGCUGACUAGAAUAUUAUUUCUACAAUCAAGACUUAAAAAUAAAUUGCUUUAUAAAAUAAGGAUUGUUUAUUUAAUCUGAGUCUACUUACUCUUCUCCUAUUUAAUACGAAUUGCAAAAUUAAAGUUAUAAUAGAAAGUAUUCUAUGCAGAAAGUAAAUUAAAGUGGUUACGGCUAGGUAGGGAUAAAUAUAGAUGAAACAGUUGAAUUAGUUUAAAUUCAAUAUCCUUCCAUACCAUAAAUCUUAGCUCUUGCAAAUAGUAUUCUCUCCCUCUUAAUGCUAUUAGGAUACAUAGGAAGAAAAAUCUCUUAAAAAUCGAUAAGAAAUGAUUUUUUCUUUCUCUUCUUGAAAAAUAUUUAUUAAGGAAAAUAUUAUCAAAUGUUAAAGAUUUCAAAUUUAUUAGAUCAAAAAGAAGUACCGCAUCUAGAACUAAAUUAAUUAAACAAAGAUACCAGCAAUUAUAAUAAAGAAGAUACAUAAGAACAUAAGAGACUAGAUCAGGAUAAAAUUUAAGAGUAGGAUUUAAAAUUCUUAGAAAAUGAAAAUGGUUAGUCUAUAUUUGUACCCCAAUUAGAUUUUAAGUCUAAGCAAUCCCUCGAUAUUAUGAAAUCAAAUAAUUUUGAAUUAUUUCAUCCAAUGAAUAGUGAAUAAAUCAUUUUUUCACAUAAUUCCUUAUUUAAAUAAAAAAUAGAUAAUGAAAAAUAGAAAAAAAAACUAUCAAAUAAUGAAGUAAAACCAUAAAAAAAUCUACUUGUUGCACAAAACGCUCAAAAUAAUACAAAAUACAAAGAAUUCAACUUGAAUUAGUCUAUUCAAUCAAUACAAAAUAUAGUGAGUGUUAACUGCUAUGAUAAAAUAAAAUCAGAAUAAUUUAACACUUAAUAAUGCAAUAAUAGUUAAAGUUUGAUUUUAAUAAAUAACUAGCUUAAAAAAAUUGAAAAAAACACCCAUUUAAAAGACGAAGAGCUGUCUAAAUCAAAUUUAGAAAAGCUGCAAGCCAUUCAUAAUAAAAGAUUUUAAAAUAAAUUAUAUCAAAAUUUAUUUGGGUUUAGGAACACUAAAAUAUUAGAUUAAAUUAAAUCUUAAGUCCUAAACAAAUUGUAGAGAAUCUCUAUGGAAGAAUAAAUUGUUAAGGAUUUAAAUAUAUUUGAAUUAUAUAAGGAUGUUCUUUUUAUGAAGAAAGCUAUUAUGAUGUUAUUUGAUUCUGAUCAAUUAGCUGUUAUAGAUCUUAUAGGCUGUUCGUCUAAUUAUUUAGACUUGAAUAAAUAAAAUAUUGAUUAAGAGAGAAUAUUUGCAUUAAAAUAAAAGAACUUUUUAAGCCAUUUUGAAGAAUAGUAUCUAGUUCAACAAUCUGAAUAGUUAAAAUUAUAAAAACUCAAAACAUUUUUAAAUAGAUUUUAAAGUGAAAAAUAAUAAACAGAGCUAGAUAAAAGACUGUUUUCUUCAAUAAUUUGAAAUUAUUUAAUUAGAAUCAAUUAGUAUGCAGAAGUUUACUGUUAUUUGUAUCAUAUUAAUUACCAUAUUUCCUUUAUUCUAUCUCAUACUAGAUAAAGCACUG